UAAAAACAUAUGCUUAUGAUUUGGAUUGAUUUGGGCUCAAGAAGAACAAAGAUCGGCCACUACGGCACUACCCCGGUAAUCUUUUUGAGCCGUUGGAAACGAGGAGGUAGGAUUUCAACCAUUGGAGAGAGAGAGAAAGAUGGGAAAUCCGAAGCAAAAAUGGACGGCAGAUGAAGAAGAGGCUUUACGCGCAGGCGUCGCUAAACAUGGUCCUGGUAAAUGGAAAUUGAUCCAGAAAGAUCCUGAUUUCAAUCGAUACCUCCAUUCUCGCUCCAACAUUGAUCUCAAGGACAAAUGGAGAAACAUGAGUGCUGCAGUCCAAGGCUCCAGGGACAAGUUAAGAACUCCGAAGCCAAAACCCACUCAAGAUGGUCCUGCUACUCCCUCUGUUGCCACACAGAAUCCUACUGCUGCUCCUGUGCCUGUGGUACAUGAAUCACCUGCUGAUCAUGUCAAGGAUGAUUCUGCUAAGGAUACUAAUGGUUCCAGGUACAACGAAUUGAUCUUUGAAGCCCUUUCAGCUGUCAAAGAACAAAAUGGGUUGGAUAUUGGUUCGAUUCUAUCCUAUAUCGAGCAAAAAAUUGAAGUGCCGCAAAAUUUCAGAAAACAGUUGGGGGCAAGGUUGAGAAGACUUGUUCAUCAGGAGAAACUCGAGAAGGUUGAUAGCUACUACAGACCGAAGAACAAUUCCAUGGAGCUAAACGCAAGCAAUCGAAAAGACGGCUGGCCCAGACAGCAUUUGGCCACUGCCUGCUCUAGGGUUGGUGAGUCGCUAGAAGAAGCAGCAAAAACUGCAGCCUACAAGGUUGCUGAAGCAGAAAACAAGGCAUUUACGGCAGCUGAGGCUGUUAAGGAUGCAGAGAAAUUAGCGAAGAUGGUAGAAGAAACAGACUCAAUUCUGCAGUUGGCAAAAGAGAUAUUUGACAGAUGUACUCACGGUGAACUUGUCCUUGUUGCAUGAUACUCAAAAUCGGAUCUACAUAUGGAACCAGUAGCAGCUAAAGUUCGUGCAGAAACAUGCAACUGUAGCAUGGCCCUAAAGCAUGAAGUUGGAAUAUGGUGCUUAGUUUGCGGCUUUCUCCCUCCGAAGAGGAAUAGGCAGCAGUAAUGGCAUGCUCCGCAAUUGUAUUGGAAAACAAAAUGCAGUUAAAAACUUUGAAGAGUUAUGCUAGGAAUUUAGAGUAAGCUUGCACAGAUGGCGAUAUCAUUGUAACGUGUAAAUAUGAUUUACGGUUGGAAGACCUUCAUAACUUUUAAUUGCAUGCCUUAGGUUUAUCCAAUACAACGUGCAGCAGAUCAUUAUUUUUUGUGUCUUCAA